AUGUCACCCUCAGCAAACGGUAACUCUAUCCACCACAACGGAAACGGCGCUAGCCAUUCCUCAAGGCCACCUCUUACGCCCGGUCUCUACGUCCCGACGGUGGCCUUCUUCAGUUCCGAUGACUCGGUAGAUGUCGAAACGACUACCUCCCAUGCCAUCCGCCUCGCUAAAGCCGGUGUUGCCGGCCUUGUGACCCACGGCUCCAACGGCGAAGCCGUUCAUCUCGAUCAUGCCGAGAGACAACUCAUCAACCGGACCACACGUGCAGCCCUUGAUUCGGCCGGCAGAAGCGAUCUGCCUUUGAUUGUCGGUUGCGGCGCACAAUCCACUAGAGAAACCAUCCAGCUCUGCGAAGAGGCCGGCGCAUCCGGUGGUGACUACGCCCUCGUCUUGCCACCCGCCUACUACGGAGGCUUGCUUUCAACCGAGCACAUCCUGCAGCACUUCCGCGAGGUCGCAGACGCAAGUCCCGUACCGAUCCUUAUUUACAACUACCCCGGCGCUUGCAGUGGCUUGGAUCUUAACUCUGAUACCAUCAUUGCUCUUUCCAAGCACAACAACAUCGUUGGCGUAAAGCUGACUUGUGGCAACACCGGAAAGCUUGCCCGGAUAGCUGCUGCUACUGUCCCUAACAAGGGCGACGCCGGUCCUCCUUUCCGGACUUUCGGCGGCAGUGUUGACUUCACCCUUCAAACCCUUGUUGUCGGUGGCCACGGUAUUAUUGGUGGAACCGGAAACAUUGCGCCUCUGGCUUGUGUAAAGCUGAUCAAGCUUUGGGAUGAGGGUAAGCUGGCUGAGGCGAGAGAUUUGCAGGCCGUUGUUGCUCGGGGCGACUGGACAGCUAUCCAGGGGGGUUUUGUUUCUGUCAAGGCCGCAUUGCAGGAGUACUACAACUAUGGAGGCCUUCCAAGGAAGCCUUGCACACUUCUCGAAGGCGAGAGGCUCACAAAACAGCUUGAUGGUUUCUCUGAGCUUGUUGGUGUGGAGAAGACGCUGCAGCAGUAA